AUGGCAUCUUCCUUUCAGUCAUCUGAGAAACUGAAGGUUAAGCAAGAAGACGGUAGAGAUGCAGGAGCAAACCACCCCCCAGCCCCCGAAAGAAAAAAUGCCUUAAAAGAAAAGUCUGAUGAAUGUGUCCAGAGAAGAAUAAAAGGGCGAGGUCAGGAUGAAGGAUCUCGAAUAAUAUAUCAUAAAGCUCUGAUGGGUGUAUUUGGGGGAGAAUUGCAAGCUCAAAGAAAAACUUCAUCUACAAAUGAAAUUCAUAAAGAAAGCUCUUCUGGAAAAGAGGAGCUUGGACCAGUUAAUAACCUGGGAGAAUUUUCAAUAGUAUCAAAAAGUAGAAGGCGAGAAAUUGGAAAGAAUUCACAUUGUUUGGAAACUGUCCCACGGGAGCAUAACUUUUCUGCCAAGCAAGACAAUAAAGAACCAGGUUGGUCAGGUGGCAAUUCAAGAUAUGUACCUGUAACAUCAAGUUUAAGGGGGAAAGGAUCAAGACCAAAGGAUAAAAAAAAUAUCCAACAGGCUCCCAACAAUGAGAAAGCUGUUACAAAAACUUCUGGAGAUGGUGUUGAAGAGGAUUCCAAACCAAUGCUUGAUUCAAAACCAAGUUAUCAUCUAUCAAGACCUGAACUUGAACUUGAACCUCAACAGAUUUCCAACAUUAAGAAGGCCGUUUCAGAAACAGGAAACAAAGCUAAGUAUAACAUGAAAGAACUUUCCAAGACAGUGGUUACUUCCAAAUAUGUUCAUACAGGAUCAAGUCAUGAAAAUGAACUUUAUCAGGGAUCAAAUGACUCAUAUGUUUCAGUAAAAGAGAAAACAGAUGUUCAACAGAAUAAAAUGUUUCGGAAAGAAAAUUACCAACCAAAAUACAAAUUUAAAAACAGCUUUUCACAAACUGGAGAGCCAAAAAAUACCCAAAUCUCUCCUAAACAGUUAAGUAAAACCUCUGAUGGGAAUACUUUUGCUAGCCAAAGUAAAAAACAAUAUUGGAAAUCGGAAGCCCAUUGGAGAUUGGUCUCUGGAGAUUCAAAAUAUGAAGGUGAGGAGACCAAGCAGCAUAGCAACAAUCAGAAACCUUUUGCAAAACGCUUUAGUGCUGGCACAAAACAAAAAAACAUAGCGAAGGACAAAUGCAUUCCCUCCACUUUAUCUAAUGCACAAAGUGAUGCUGCAGAAAAGUUUGUGAACUUCCAGAAGACAGUUGUUGCUGAAUCCUUUCUAGAACCAGUGUUUACAGGUGGUUCAGAAACAGAUCAAAAGUCUAUGGAGCAGAAGAAGGAACUUUCAUCUGAAAAUGAUAGGUCCAAUAUGGAAGAUGGAGGACUACUGGUUACCUUUCCACAAGAAGAUUCCAUCCCUAAUUACAGACUUUCAGAAAUGAUGGAAAUGUCAACAUCAACAAUGGAAUUUGUGAUGUAUCCUCCUCAUUUCUACAGUCACCAAAUUAAUGAUUAUACAAAACACCGGAGAAGCAAUCCAAAGCCAACACAUUAUUUUACAAGAUCCCCUGGAAACAUUUCAUAUUCCAAUAAUCUCUAUGACAUUUCUUUAGAAAGAACAACAAAUGCAGCAAAAGAUAAAAAACCUUCAGUGGAAAGUGUGCAAGAGAAAGUGUGGUCAUAUGGUUCUUUACAGGACUAUGAAGGGGAAAAAAGACCCCAAAAUAUGCAAAGAGGAACAUAUGUUCCCAUCUUUUCUUCAUCAUGUAAGUCAGAUUCUUUCACUCAUAAUUGUAUAGACCAGGAUUUGUCUAUGAACUUGCCCAAAUAUUUAGAAGGCGGCUUUAUUGACACACACUGCCAUUUGGACAUGUUAUAUUCAAAAACAUCCUUCAGAGGAACUUUUUCUGAAUUUAGGAGAAGAUACAGCAGCACCUUUCCUAAAGAAUUUCAGGGGUGCAUAGCUGACUUUUGUGACCCUCAUACUUUAAAAAACAACUUAUGGGAAGAUUUAUUAAAGGAAGAUAUGGUUUGGGGGGCAUUUGGCUGCCAUCCCCACUUUGCUUGUUAUUACACAGAUCUUCAUGAAAGAAAUAUCAUGCAGGCAAUGAGACACCCCAAAUCUAUUGCUUUCGGUGAAAUAGGACUGGAUUACUCUUAUAAAUGUCGUACAGAAAUUCCAAAGCAACAUGAGGUUUUUGAGAGGCAAUUGAAUCUAGCUGUUUCUUUAAGGAAGCCAUUGGUCAUUCACUGCAGAGAUGCUGAUGGUGAUCUGUUAGAAAUCAUGAAAAAAUGUGUACCAAAAGACUAUAAAAUACACAGACAUUGUUUCACUGGCCGCUAUAGUGUCAUUCAACCACUUUUAGAUUACUUUCCAAAUCUAACUGUUGGAUUCACAGCAUUGCUCUCUUACCCAUCAGCAAAUGAGGUUAGAGACUCUGUUCGAAAAAUCCCAUUAAACAGAAUAGUGGUAGAAACAGAUGCACCUUAUUUCCUUCCUCGACAGGUGCCAAAACGUGUAAGCCAGUUUUCGCAUCCUGGAUUAGCCCUGCACACAGUGAAAGAGAUUGCCUGCCUCAAAGAAGUGCCAUUACCUGCCACAUUAGGUGUUCUAAGGCAAAAUACCAACAAAAUAUAUGACUUGUAA